GACGGUGACGGGUUGAGGGUGAUGCGGUGAGGGUGGCGGCGCCGGGCUGGAGCCUCCGGGCUGGGGCCUCCUGGCCGGGCGGCCGGCUGGGUGAAGGCACCACGCGCUCCCGCCCAGGCCCAGACAUGCCGGUCCUUGUGAGGCAGAAACUUGAGAGGGAGCCGUCCUCUCCCUGAAGCCUCGCGGUGGAACAGCUGUCUGACCCGUUCAAAGGGAAGGAUGAAAUCUAUGCGCAGGCACGCGAUGUGAAUGGAAGAGGCCUGUCACUAUGCAAACAGUACGGCACUCUGAACACACACUAAAGACAGCUCUCAUCUCAAAGAACCCAGCGCUUGUGUCACAGUAUGAGAAGUUAGAUGCUGGGGAAAAGCGUCUGAUGGACGAAGCCUUCCGGCCAGACAGUGAUCUCUUUGGACCCAUUACUUUGCAUUCGCAGUCAGACUGGAUAACCUCCCAUCCUGAGGCUCCCCAAGACUUUGAAGAGUUUUUCAAUGAUCCUUACAGAAAGAUACCUUCUCCACAGAAGCACAGUAUUUAUAUACAGUGCAUUGGAUUGCUAGGAAACACCAGAAGUAUCAGUGAAGAAUAUGUGAAAUGGCUCAAGGGCUACUGUGAAGCAUUUUUCUAUGGCUUGACGGUAAAACUCUUAGAACCAGUUCCUGUCUCUGCAACGAGGUGCUCCUUUAGAAUCAAUGAUAACACGCAGAACCUACAGAUUCAUGCAGGUCAGAUCCUGAAGUUCUUAAAAAAGAAGAAACCUGAAGAUGCUUUUUGUGUUGUGGGAAUAACAAUGAUCGAUCUUUACCCAAGAGACUCCUGGAAUUUUGUCUUUGGACAGGCCUCUUUGACAGAUGGUGUGGGGAUAUUCAGCUUUGCCAGGUACGGCAGUGAUUUUUACAGCUCACACUACGAAGGCAAACUGAAGAAGCUGCAGAAGAAAUCUUCAAGUGACUACUCAGUUUUUGAUAAUUAUUACGUUCCUGAAGUGACUAGUGUUUUGCUGCUUCGGUCCUGUAAGACUUUAACCCAUGAGAUUGGACAUAUCUUUGGACUUCGGCACUGCCAGUGGCUUGCAUGCCUGAUGCAAGGCUCCAACCACUUGGAAGAAGCUGACCAGCGUCCCCUCGACCUUUGCCCCAUCUGUUUACGCAAGUUGCAGAGUGCUAUCGGCUUCCACCUUAAAGACAGAUACAAAGCGCUGGUGAGGUGGGUUGAUGCUGAGUCCACUGACACACCUACAGUCACUCCAAAACGUAGCCGUGAGGAGCCUCUGAGUUUGCCGAAACCUGUGGAAGCCUUUAAAGAAUGGAAAGAGUGGACAACAAAAUGCCUUGCUGUUCUCCAGAAAUAAGAGCCUUCGAAUAGGACUAAUUAAAAUAAACACUUGCACAUUGUGCUUUCGUUUGGGUGGAGUGCUGUACUGCAUUGGAAUAAACUGUUACACUGAUUC